GCCGCGGGGCGGGAGGAAGGAGGCGGGGGCAGGGGGCGGGCGGCGCCGGGCCCGGAGCAGCGGCGGCAGCUGGCACUCCCCGACGCUCCACCUGGCGGGAGCACCCAGGCCUGCGUGCGCGGAGGGACGGGUCCCGGACAACAUGGUUUCCGCCGUGGUCCCCAGGCUGCUCGUGUCUCUGCUGCUUCUCCUCAGGGCCCUGCCCGCGGUGGCCUACUCCGUGCCCCUGCAGGCCGCCUUCCUGGAGGACACAGGGGGCAGCGGGGAGGCCGAGGGCUCAUCGGCCUCCUCCCCGAGCCUCCCGCCCCCCCGGACCCCGGCCCUCAGCCCCACGUCGCUGGGGCCCCGGCCCACGCCCCUGGCGGGCCCCAGGCCCCCCACCAACUUCCUGGACGGGAUCGUGGACUUCUUCCGCCAGUACGUGAUGCUCAUCGCCGUGGUGGGCUCCCUGGUGUUCCUGCUGAUGUUCAUCGUCUGCGCCGCCCUCAUCACCCGCCAGAAGCACAAGGCCUCGGCCUACUACCCCUCGUCUUUCCCCAAGAAGAAGUACGUGGACCAGAGUGACCGGGCCGGGGGCCCCCGCGCCUUCAGCGAGGUCCCCGACCGGGCUCCCGACGGCCGGUCCGAGGAAGCCCUGGAUUCCUCCCAGCAGCUCCAGGCUGACAUCCUUGCCGCCACCCAGAACCUCAAGUCCCCCGCCAGAGCUGCCCUGGGCGGUGGAGACGGAGCCAGGAUGGAGGGCAAGUCGGAGGAAGACGAGAGCGGCAGCCGGGAGGGGGCCCAGGAAGCCCAGGGACGUGGGGUCCCGGUGGAGAAAGCCGAGGUGCCAGAUGAGCCAUGCGCGGUGGGGGCGGAGGAGGCUCUGGAGGCCGGCCAAGGCCAAGGCGAGUCAGAAGCGGCUCCUUCACCAGCCCAGGAAGCCAGAGGACCCGCUGGUCCCCCCGAGAGCCCCUGCGCUUGCGGUAUCGCCCCCAAGGUCUAACAGGCCUCUGGGGCUGCUGGCCUUGACUGUCGGACCCCUAGCGGUCACCUCCGUGGAUGUGGGAAGGCCCUUGACCCUUUCCGCUCCCUGACACCCUCUCCUCGGCGCCCCCCCUGCCGCAAAUCCCAGUGUGUCCCAACCCUGCAGUGGGCAGAGGUGCUGGUCUCCGGCCUCCCCCGGGAAGCUCCCCCCGUUCCAGGAACACUUGCCCCUGCAGCCCCAAAGGGCGGCACCCCAAACACAGCUCCUCCGGGCAGGCGGGGAUGGGAAGGAUCCCUGCUAUAUUCAUGAAAACACGGCCGACGACAUGGGCCAUGUCCUUUGGGAAACGUAGAUCAUGGGUCCCCUGUGACGGUGCGGACCUCGCCGGGGGUAGGAAAGAAAAGUCAGAAUACCUAGGAGUUUUGGACCAGGGGGAAUGGGACAAGGCCCCUGGGGCGGGCGCAGUUAGAGCUACCGUAGACGUGGGCCUGAUGAAUCGGGAAGCUUCCGGGGGCCCGUGCGCACAUCGCCAUCGCGACACGUCCCUAAAUGAGCAUUUCCAAAGCUGCGUUCCCUGCGGUGCUCUGUGGAAAAAGGAUUUGGGGGUCCGAUGAGUUGAGGAAACACUGCCUCUCUGUUCCCCGCACCCCCCCCCCUUAGGGCACCCCAGGGCUCUGCAAAUACUCCAGUAAAGGCCCCGGUUGGAACCCGGUUGGUCUGUCUCAAACUGCUUUUGACCACAGGGUUUUUUUUUUUUUUGUCGUCGUCAUUGUUAUUUUGCAGUUACAGAAUAACAUCUUGCAGAGCACACUCUGGAAAUCAGUGCCCCAGAUGUUCCUGAAGGUGCCCCCCAGUUUGUGGUUGGUCCAGGGUGAGGGGUAUGGGGUCUGGGGGUGCUCGGGUCCCCUCAAUUCUGCCAAGCAUCUCUGCCCGGGGGCGAAUUGCUCAUCCUGUCACUGCCACCCGCAUGGGAUGAAUGCAUCAAAGCUUUCUUGUCAGGCCCCCGAAGCUGGGGGGGCUGUGUGUGAGGGGGCCCCACUCUGGGGGAGACUGAGAAGGUGGGGGCGGUUUCCAACACCCAGCCUGGAGCGGGGGGGGGGGGCCCUGGCCCCCCUCCACGUCGCUCACGUGCAUUGUCUGGCAGCCUGUGCCCACAGCAUUCUUUAGCUUUCGACAAGGGAGACUGAGCUCCGUCCCGAUCUGGGGAGGCUCUGGGGGGUGUUCUUCCUCAGGCCUUCAUCUGGGGCCCCCCCAACCUCUGCACAAUUUUUUAGGUGCUGAGAUAUAGCAAACCAGCACAAUAAACCUUUAUUCUGG